ACGAAUCAUCCGCUCAUUGCACGCAACAUAUAAUGAAGGCUAUGAUUAGUAUCUAUAAAUAGAAGACUGGUAAAUCUUCCAAAUUUGCAAGCACUUCACUACCAAUUUUCUUUCAAUUGUUAGAGAAUAAUUAAUUAAUAAUCUCAAGACGAAGAGAGAUGACGAGUCUUAUAGGCAAACUGGUUUCCAAAACAGAAGUGACUUCCAGUCCAGAUGCGCUGUACGAUAUCUUUGCCCACAAACCCUAUCAACUGGUGAGUGUAGCCCCUGAUUUGUUCCCAACUUUUGACCUGCUUGAUGGCUUGUGGGGAGUCAUUGGUGUCGUCUUCUCUGCUACCUACCUCGAGGAUGGAAAGAUCAAAUCCGAAAAAGCGACGGUUGUGGCGAUGGAUGACGCGAACAAAUCAGUGACGUUUCUGAUCAUCGGAGGAGACCCUUUGACCUCAUACUCAACUUUCAGCGCAACCUUUCAAGCUGGAAUUGAGAAUGGGAAGAACAUUGUGACUUGGACAAUAGACUAUGUGAAGCUCUUGCCAACCACUCCAGAUCCUACUUCCUUCAUGAACGUGGCUAUCAAUGCCGUCAAAGUCAUUGAUGCCAAUCUUCCCAAAUAAAUUACAAGUUAUUAAUAUGUCUGAAAAAAUUAAGUGUGGGCGAUAAAAAAAAAAUUUAAAAAAAAAGUGUGGGCGUAUUAGCGUCUGCAUGAAGAUCCAAAUAAUCACAAGCUGGCAUGAUGCAUGAAUAAUUAUUACUACUACUAUAUGUAUGAAGUGGGGAAAAAAAAAAUAAAUGUACCUUUUGCUCUCUUCUUCUAGUAAUUAAGUGCAUUUCUUGGAAUAAUAAGUUAUUUGUUUGUGUAAUUUUCUUAAGAAGAUCAAUUUGUAUUAACGGCUUGUCUAGUUGGGUAAUGCUUUUUUUUUUAAUAAAUAAUAUAAAUUGUUAUGCACUUCUUUACUCCCAAC